AUGGACUCCCCUGUUUGGUUCAUCACCGGUGCCUCCUCUGGUUUCGGUCUUGCCAUUGCCAAAGAUGCCCUCGCCCGCGGCCAUCGGGUCAUCGCCACAGCUCGCAACCCAUCCAAGCUCUCCGAGCUCGCCUCUGCCGGUGCCGACAUCCUGGCCCUCGACGUCACCGCCGACGAGGCCAUGGUCACGGACAUGGUGAACAAGGCAUUUGCCCUCCACGGCAAGGUCACCCACGUCGUCAACUCGGCCGGCUACAUCCUCGACGGCACCAUCGAGGAAGCCAGCGCGCAGGAGGUCUUUGACAACUACAACACCAACGUCUUCGGCACCCUCAAGGUCUGCCGUGCCGCGGCCCCGCACCUCCGCGCCCAGGGCUUCGGCGUCGUCGUCAACAUGGGCAGCGUCGGCAGCUGGGCCGGCGGCGCGGCCGUCUCGAUCUACUGCUCCACCAAGGCCGCCGUCAGCAUCAUCACCGAGGGCUUCGCCCAAGAGAUGAAGCCAUUCGGCGUCGACGUCUGCAUCCUCGAGCCGGGCUACUUCCGCACCGGGUUCCUCAACGCCGGGGCCCGCACCACUGCCGAGCAUGUCGUCGACGCGUACAGCGUCGGCGCGGCGGGCGAGUACAAGAAGCUGCUUGAGAUGGCCAACAACAACCAGCCUGGUGACCCGAUCAAGGGGGCCCGCGUGGCGGUGGAUGUGAUGACCAAGUCCGGUGCUGCUGAGGGCCGGGAGAUCCCCGAAAGGUUGCUCUUGGGCACCGACUGUCUUGCCGGCGUUCGCGCAAAGUGUAAGGACACGUUGGCUUUGUUGGAUGAGCGGGAGUCCAUCUCUGGUUCUACCGACUUCUAG